AUGGAUCGACCGCCGAUGCGCUUCCAACCCCGCCAAGCGCACUACCUGCGCGUGUCCCCCCACACCGUCCUGCAGUUCAUCCUCUACAUGGAACCCGGGCACGCGCAUUGGAUGACCGUAGGUCCACGCAGCCGCUCUCAAUCAGAGAUCCAAGAGUCCUUUGACCGACUAUCCGCGGUUCCACAGGAGGACCGCCUGAUGCGCGUUCUCUCGGCGUUGAGGGAACGGAUCACUACCAAGUUGAGGAACGAGCAAGCACCGGCCAGGAAGAAAUCGGGCGGAGCGAGGGAGAAGCAACAGAUUGAUGUCUACCGAGGGCGUAGGUCUACUAUCGAGAUCGGCCUACGGGUGGAUAGUGCAGAGGUGAGGAACUGACUUUGGGAUCGUCCAGAGCAGAGGAUUAUCAGAUGCUGUUCUACUUCAGAAGUAUGGGCAAGCGGCACGUCGUGUUGCACAAGGUCAGUUUCGGAGUGCAUGGGUACCAUGUUCCCAGUACUGAACCUCGUGUGGCCACAGCACGAACGCCAACGAGUGUACCCGAUCGCAUCCAUGCCCCCACCCCCGAGACCCAUAGCCAAAAAACCACCACCACCACCACCCAGGGCAUCGACGAGCAAGCGCACACGCGAGUCCGCGAGUGUAGAUCUGACAUCCCACGAAGACGAAUAUGAAGAUAACAAUGAAGAACAACCCGCCAAGAGAAGUACAGCCCAACCGGAUCUGUUCAUCAAGGACGAGGACGACGAGCAGGAUGCGAGAACUUUGCUUGAAUCGGCGCAGACGAGCGAGACGAUCGAUCCUAAAGAGGAUGACAAGGACGAUGUCAAACCUGAUGUUAAACCUGAAGUGCAUGUUCUGUGUGAGUGAGCUUAACGAGUCGGUUUCUUCAAACCCGCGCCGACCUUCGCGCUCGCAUCAUAGACAAGAGUUACUCGAUCUACAACCGCGCUCUCGUCGUAGUGUGAGCACCACUCGCAUACUCUCUUGGAUUCACUAGAUGUACUGAUCAAGCUUUCUCUCCCUUCCAGAAUCGAACCCUGGCCGGCGCUCUCGGCCGCCGACCUACCCCGCCCUUCAGCAAUCCCCAACGAAAUCCGUCAACUCUCCGCCACGCCCCUCCCGGAACGUCCCGGACGAGUCGGAUCAAGUUCCCUCACACCCGCACCGCCUCGAAGAAGUGGAAAACCUCUGUUCCGAUCGACGACGACACCAUUGGAGGAGGACGAGGAGGACGAGGAUGAGGAUGAACAUAUGUAUGCCCCUAUUCCGGGGAGGAGGGGUGGAAGGGAGGAUACGGUGGGUUCGGUCGCAGGGAGUGAGGUGGAGGAUGAGGAUGAGGGCGAGCUGCCGAGUUUGGAUGAGUUGUUGGGUAAGAGGUAG